AACUAAUGUAUAAGCAGUCUAUUAUAGAGACAAGACGGUACAUAUGAUUUAACGAUUGUGAAAUAUUUACUGUGUUUGUUUAGUGAAGCGUUUUAACAUGGGAAUUUCUGAGAUCGUUGCUGUUGUUGUUGGUAUUGGACGAAUCGGUAAGGUUCACGCUGCUAAUCUGAUCAAGAUACCUAAAGUGCAGAUCCGCUACAUUGUUGACAUCUGCAAAGACGCGGUUGAUGAAUAUAUACAAAGCACAGGUUUGAAAAACACAAUAGGUCUCCAUCUUGAUGAUCUUAAAAGUGUCGCCCUUAAAGAUCCAAAGGUGAACAUCGUUAUAAUAUGCACUCCUACCUGUUUUCAUGAAGAUCAAGUUAUAGCAGCAUUAGAAGCAGGAAAAUCCGUGAUGUGCGAAAAACCGUUGGCGCUUACUCUUAAGUCGAUAGUUCAUUGCUACCAGGUUGCACAAGAACAUAAAGUACAACUUUACUGCGCUUUUAACAGAAGGUACGACUCUGGUUUCUUGGAAGCAGUUUCAAGGAAAGAGGACGAAAUAGGGAGGUUGAAGUCAGUGAAGCUCACAUCACGUGACUAUCCUAGGAACACGAUCGAAUAUCUUAAAAUAUCAGGUGGAAUGUGUACUGACAUGUGCAUACAUGACAUUGAUAUAAUACGGUGGAUCGUUGGUCAAAACCCCAUAGAGGUUUAUGCUGUUGGCCAUGCCUUUUUCGACGAUAUUCGUGAAAUUGAUGACGUCGACCAACUGUUCAUUACAAUGCGGUUUCCAAACGGUAGCAUGGCGCACGUGGAUGCGAAUAGGGAAGCACUUUAUGGACAGGAUAACAGAGUAGAGAUUUUCGGCGACAAAGGAAUGAUACAAUGUAACAACCCGUUUAAGUUGGGCGUGGAUAUUCAUACACAAGCAUCUUCGUCAGCCAUACGAAACAAUCGGUCCGUUAUCGGGAGAUUCAACGAUUCCUACUACGCAGAAAUAUUGAGCUUUGUGGCCGCCGUUAGAGGAGAAGAGAAGCUUGGUAUAAAAGCAAAGGAUGUAGUUUGGAAUACGUUACUUUGUAUUGCUUGCGAUCAUUCUUUAACAUCUAAAAGUCCAGUCGCGGUUCAAGAUUUUGUUAAAGAGAAAUACUCGCAUAUACUACAAGCAUUAGAAAAACUAGACUUAUAAUAUUAUUGUAUGUGAUCUAUACCGAAUUGAUUGUAAUUAUUUUUCUGAGAGAGAUCUUCUAACAAUUGUUUUUUUUUUGUGUAUGCAACUGCAACAGUAUAUACAAACUUGUAAUUAUCGCUUUCAUGCAAUCGUAAUAAAGUAAAAUUCCGUUUAA